CUUCGAACUGUUGUAAGGUCAUAAUACAUGUUUUCUUGACGCUCAUUGUCAGUCCAAAUUCUUGAGUAACUUUUUCAAAAGUUCGUAUGAAAGUCUCAAGAUCGUCAGCUGUUUCACACAUUGCCACACAGCAGCUUAACAGAAGAACGCAUUACUUCACAUGCUAGAAAAUUAGCAGUUCUGUUUCAUCCAGAUAAAGCACAGAAUCCAAAUGAUACUGUUGAUUUUUCCGAAGUCUUUAAAAUAGUUAUCGCUCGUAAAGAAGAGCUACUGAAAGAAUUGAAAAAUUUUGAGACAGUUCAAAAACGUGUUGGUCAUCAUACGUCAAACGGAGACAGAUUGUGGGAGUUUGCAAGAGAUUUUAAAAGAGCUAGAAAUGAUGAAUGGACGAAUUUAAAGCAUUUUCAUGCAGAUCAAUUAAAAAGACUUUCUGGAGGGGAAUUAAUCAAAAAUCAGAAAGCGUAUGCAUUCAAUGCAUACGAAGAAUUUCGUGCAGCAACAGUAGCGUUAGGCACAUUAGGCAAUGCUGAAGAACGCAGUAAAUUACGACGUAUGAUGGCUAUUGCACUUUACACGGCUGAAGAACAUUUACAGGCACAAAUAUAUGCGAUUGCAGCUCUAUACAUUUUAUCGAGUCAGACAAAUAGAACAACAUUCGAUAAAGAAAUUGACUAUUUACAAAAUUUACUGAAACUAAUUCGAGGUGCGGCAUCACCGCCACCUCCGAAAGCAGGAGCAACAACAGGAACUACAUCUGCUUCUCCAACACCAACUACAUCGGCAGUUAUAGUUUCAGCGCCCGGUGAAAGAUCGUCAUCACUGAUCUUAAAAGGUCAAAUCAAGGAGGACCUACGAGCAGUAGUAUUAGAACAGUGUUUAAUUAAAAGUAACGAGAAACAAAUCAGAACCUCAAAAGAGUUGAUAUUACGUGUAAAACAAAGAGCUUUUCAGCAGAGAGUAAUCGGAACUGUCGCAGGAACUGAAGUAGCAUUCAUAGGCCUUGGCAUAGUUGGUUCAGCGUGUGAAAGUAUUGGAACUGGUGUAGCAGUAGGCUCCGUGUUAGGUCCAGUAGGAAUAGUCAUUGGCGCUGUUGCCGGUGUUAGCGUGAUGAUUGGUGGACUCUAUUUGGGUAUUGAACGAUUUCAAAGUAGUCGCGCUCAUUUCCAGGAGCCAAAAAUCCGCGAAGAACUUAAUAAUAAAUUAACUAGAGCCCUAGAGCACCAUAAACAGCAAAUGUAUGGCGCAUUUCUGGAUGAAUUAGCUAGUGAAUAUGGUCCUAAACAUCUAGCUUUAAUUACAAUCGAAAAAGCAGAUAAUCGAAUAAAAAUCGAAGUGGAUCCCAAGAAAAUUAUUUCCACUCUGUUAAGUCAUGAAUUUCGGCCUGAUGGCAUUGCUUAUUUAUUGAAUCUAAUCGGUGAUGCCUUAUUGAAUAAACCGAGGUUACUGGAAAAACUUGAUCCGUCUCUACGACAACCACCACAAUCGACAUUAAAUCAAUUAGCAACAGAUAUAUUUUUGGAAAUUUUUUCGCGAACCACACUGUUGCAAGCUAGAGCGAACGAAUUAGACGAACAAGUGAAAAAAAAGACUUUAACGGAUUCGGAAAUGCACAGUCUAUAUCUGUUACUACGAUCUCUGACGACGACGCUCUAUUCGUCGUACAAAUAUGCGAUACCAAAAGAAUAUUAUAAAGAUGCUCUACUUACACCGUUCACCACACGGCUUGACGAAUUAGUUAACAUAGCACGCUUGAAUUAUGCUAUCGCAAAUAUAAUUAUUGGUGGUAUUGAUAACUUUGGUGAAAGUCAGAGCGCGAUUUCGGAAAUAAAGCAGAGGAAAAUGCAUACGGUUAGUAACCAGUAUUUUAUGAUAUCAGACACAAUGAUACAAGCAAUUGAUGAUCUGCUAAUGGCAUUUGGAUUUCCGCCAGAGAUGUUACAGAGUUGCAGUGGUAGUCAGGAUGAAGUUCUAGCCUUGGAAAAUACCGUUGUACUUGAGAAUGUAAAAGUAGUUAUGCUAAAUAACGUAGCUGUUAACUGUGAACGUGUUAAAGCAUCAACACGGGCAUCAGAACAGCUAGAAGCACUCUGUGAGUUGUGUGAUCUGUCUGUGAGCAUAACUCAACGAGAAUUUGUUGAAAAAGUUAAGAAGUUGUACGAGGGCGCUAGUGAUGAAGUACAGAAAGCAGAAAUUCGAAAGAUGAUGAUUGCGGAUGAUACACCCACGGGAGACAUAGUGACGUGGUCCAAUCAACAUUUCUGUUCUCAAAACUGGGUUUUCUCUGCUGUUCAUUUGCCAGUUGUAGCCAAGAUCUUUGAUACUAGGCUGUAUAAUUGUUCUCUAACUACGAAUUCUACGUAUGGUCGAGUUUUCCUUCUGAGUGAACCAACGUUCGAGGAUGAUGACGAUCUUCGCCGUAUUUUCGUGGUGCUUGAUAAGCAGAGCCGAGCGAUUGGCAUGUUUACAACGUGCGAAUUAAAGUUGAAUUUUUUGAAAGAUGAGUUGAAUACAGUUCAAACAAACGAAUUAAAACUUAAAUCGUAUCAUAAGAUAGCUGUAUAUUAUCGAUUGCAAGCUGCAAAGUAUGAAAAUAUUCAUCAUUUACAAGCACUGCCAAAAUGGAAUAGUGCAAAAGAUAAUUACAUUAGUAUACUUGAACUUGAUUCGAAUGAUUUACUAGCGUGCCUGGGUUAUGGACGGUGCCUAAUUAUGCUUAGUAAAUAUACUAAAGCACAAGAUUAUUUGUGUAAAGUCAUUAGCGUUCAUGAUGAUAGUGCCGAAGCAUGGUAUUUACUCGGUGUUGCAAGGCGUAAACUUCGAUCGUAUGAUGAAGCAAAAUACGCCAUUGAUAGCGCACUUAACAGAGAUCAAACGCAUAAAGAUGCAGCCAACGAGUUGAAAAUCAUACUCGCAUUGAAGUCCACUAGUACAAAAGAAGAUCGAAUGAACGCUUACAAUGUAAUGAAAACGAGUAGUUUAUCAAGUCGUAGUAAGGAUGGUUCUUUGGAUUAUAAUAUUUUAACUGUAGAUGGUGGUGGUAUCAGAGGUCUGAUAUCAGCUGUUUGGCUAGCAGAAAUUGAACGUCGUACGAAUCGUUCAGCUUCAUCAAUGUUUCAAAUGAUGGCCGGUACGUCAACCGGUGCUAUCAUUGCAGCUGGCCUUUGCACUCCAGAGCGAGGUGAUCUCUCGAGAGCACGCUAUCAAGCAGCUGAGCUUGUUCAACUUUAUGUAACCCGUUCAGAUGAGAUUUUUAAAAAGAGAGCGAAUUCUUUCUACAAUUUUCGUAGUUCCCUAACGUUGGAACCGAAAUACCUUCCCGACGCUCGCCAUAAAUUGUUUAAAGAACAUUUUGAUCAUACGCAGCUUUCACAUGUCCUAACGGAAUUAGUUAUACCAGCAGUGAAAAGUGAUUGUCAGGUAACACAUUUAUUCACUCGAUACAAAGCUCGUAAGACGCGUGAGUCUGACCAUUUUUUACAUGAUGUACUAAUGUGUACAACAGCUGCACCAACCUAUUUCCCUCCGUACAAGAUUCACGAUGAUAACUGCUUUUAUGUCGAUGGUGGUGUUCAAAUGAACAAUCCCGUGCGAGCUGCAUACAAUGAAGCGCUUCAUUAUGGUAAAAAGAAAGAAAAUCUCUUUAUACUGUCAUUGGGUACCGGCGAUUAUGUUCCUGAUCCGCUGGAUUCUAAUGCAAAUCGACAUUUACUUUAUUAUGCUCUAAAUCAACAAAAAAUAUUAAAUAUUAUUUUCGAUGGACCACAGUAUAAUACUGAUGUUAGUAUGCUAAGCGAUUUGAAAAAGGAUCAGUAUCAACGUUGGCAGAUAUAUUUUGAGGAGCCGGUCGCAUUGGAUAGUAUUGAAAAAUCGAGUAUUGAGUUCUUGUUUGACAGUGCCCAAGAAUUUCUUGAAGAAAUGGAUGCCUAUGAUAAUGAUGAACGUUUAGGCCUUUUACUUGAUAGACUGAAAGGAGAUGCGCACUGA